AUGGAAAGAAAGGAGAAAGAAAAGGUUGAAAGACGGAGAGAGGUAACCAUGGCGUCCAAUUCCAAAGAUCGAAUCGACAAUGCACCCAUGUGGGAGUAUAAUAAGAGAUACCAGAAUCAGUACAAUGAGUGGAAGAAGUACGUCCUGCCCUUCUCCUAUGACAUCCUCUUCCGUCAACGUCUCGACUGGUCAUCUUUCACCGUUCAAUGGCUCCCAACACCCUCCGCCACCUCAUCUAAGGCAAAGCUCCUUUACGGCAACUUUAUUCCGGCCAUAGGCGAUAACGCCCUUCUCACUUUCGUCGACGUUGACCUUACCGUUGAGCGAGCUAAGAAAACCCAGAAGUUAUUUGUAAAGGAUUUUGGUCGAAAAGGGGAUAUAGUAAAUAGAGCACGUUUCAUGCCGCAGCAAGAAAAUAUUAUUGGAGUGAAGAUGAGGAGAAUGAAGUCAGAUGAUGUUGAUGAGGUGUUGGUGUUUGAUUUGUCCAGAUUUGCUUUACAAGAUGAUCAGAAUUAUAAGGUUGCUCAGCCUAAGUUGUGGCUGAUCGGUUCGGGUAGGAUGAGCUGUGGUAUGUCUUGGGACCCCUUCAAUGAAGGUCGCAUCAUGAGUGGUUCUAUUGAAUACAUAAGUUUGUGGGACUUGUCUGCUAUGCCUUAUGAUGAUGGUCGUCGUAAAAGAAUUUAUCCAAUCCAUGUUUUUAAGGCAAAUGGAAAAAUUGUUCGAGACGUACAAUGGCAUUGCUUGAACAAGGAUUUAUUUGGAUAUGUUAGCGAUGAAGAUGGAGUGGUUGUAAAGGAUUCGCGCUCUAAACAACUCAAAUUGUCUUUGAAAGAUGACCAUGAGCAUUUAAGUAUAUCUUUUAAUCCAUACAAAGAAUGGCUUUUAGCCACCGGAUCAGUACAAAAAACAGUUGAUUUAUUUGACAUGCGGAUGCAACGAGAGAAAAUGUUGAGCUUCUGUGGUCACAAAAGUAAAUUGACUCGGGUGGAGUGGGAUCCAAACCAUCAAGAGAUAUUGGCUUCUGCUAGUUCAGACGGAACAGUGGUUCUCUGGGACCAGAGUAGGGUUGGGUGUACAAAGGAUGAGGGCACAGUACAAGAAUAUUAUAAGGAUGAUCCACCGGAAUUAAUGAUACGUCAUGCUGGUCAUACAGACUGGGUGAGAGAUAUCUCGUGGAACAAAAAUGUGCCAUGGCUCAUCUCUAGUGUGGCCGAAGACAAAACUCUUUAUGUAUGGAAAAUUGCUCUAUGA